GCCGAGAUUCGCGCGGAAGGAAUUUCCUAGGCUUGCCGUGCUGCUACUUCCUCGUUCUCUCCACCAUCGCUGACGGCGCAUGAGGGCAUGGUCUCACCCACGCGUCGUGGGUGCCGCUUGCGGGGAUCACCUAUGCCGUGAAGUAGCCCAUACACACCUGCAGUCUGUUGGUUGCACGGAUGGUUUACUACGAAUGGUAAUGCACUUUUGAGAUCGGUUAACUAAUCCAAUUCAACUGAGUUCUGACGGUUUCUGCUCGGAACUUACUAGGGAGGAAGGAUACGUCAGCUAUGGCAGAGGUGGAGGACGAGGCGGGGAGGGGAGGUGGAAGGUCGCCACCGCCACCCGAUUUCUGGGUUAUGGAGGACAGAGUUAGACACUCCAUCGGACAGUGCUAUGAUGAAGGCGUGUUCCCGGUAGAACCCAACAUGGGUGAGGUGGUCGAGGAUGAAAGGGGUAGGAGGUUCAGGGUGAACGAGUCUCUCGAUGCCAUUAAGGAGAAAUGGCUGAAGGAGAGGACGGUGAUCUUCAUCUUCCAGGAUGAGGCACGGAACCCGACACGAGGUCCGAAUGUCGUCUCCUACGUGGCGAGGGCUUCGGAAGUGGCCACUUGGCUCGUGCAGAAGGGAUCGACAAGACUAAGCUUGGCGGGGAAGGACUAUCCAGUGGCCUUUAAGCCAUGGAUGACCAAACCAGAACUCAAGGAGAUUCGCCUGAGAGAUGCGGAGACAAAUUUUUGGAUUGUAGCUCUCAGGGUGCCGUUAGAUGCGAUGUAUUACUUACGGAGCGCGGCGGAAGGCUUGAUCGGGGGCCUUAAGCAGAUGCAUGCGCCGGAAGCUGACAGAUCGCGGCCUAAACUAAUGAAUGUGAAGAUCGACAUGGAUCCUCAGGCCCGAUUCAAGGUAGAAGACACCCUGAUUAUCGAAUCUCCGAAGGGUGAAUGGUGGAAAGUGGAGGUGGCCACCCCCUAUUCCGAUUGGUGUAGGAAGUGCCGUUGGUAUUUUCACACCGAAGAGAAUUGUCCUCGUCAGGGGUAUGACAGAGGGCCUAGGUGGCAGGGUACUCCAAACCCAGCUCAGCAACGUGCCCCAGCCAUGUCGGAGCCGAGAAGGGCAGCCAAUUCUGCGAAUGGGGCAGACAGACCUAUCGCGGCUCCGCAGACAUCCCAGGCUUCUCACGGACGGGGAGCGAUCGGCACUAGAGACGCAGUCCGCCCUUCUCAGGGCUUCGCCACGUCAGCUCAGCAGGACGAAAGGCUAUCGAACACGGCGCAGGCACGAGAUCAGAGUGUGCUUGCCCAAUACCCCCACAUAAUGGCGAAUCCCACAUUCUCCCCCGCUCCCGGUAACCAAUCCUAUUCCUUCCAAGCCGCCCAUCCUCCCCCUCCACCUCCUCCUGAUCGCACACUAAUGCCGGGCUGGACAAAUCCGGGGGAAUGGCCAGCAUCUGUCUAUGCAGCCCCCCACCCUCGACAGUGGCAUGAUGCACCUAACCUCGUACAGGGGCAUCAGGACGUUAAUUACUGUUUUCAACCCGCACAUCACUCCAACCCCGACCUUUUCCACCAGGACACAAGGAUCCUUAUGCCCCUCCACCGAGGUGGGUGUCAGAAGCAGACUUGGAUUCAUCCCGCGUCCAAUCAGAAGCGGAGGCAAAUAUGCGCCAUGGUUAAGCUGAAGAUGGCUACGUGGAAUGUUAGGGGCCUGGGCGACUCCUCAGGAAGGAGGAAGAAGAGCAGAAUUAAGUCCUGGGUUUUCCGCAAGCAAGUCGAGGUCUUGUGCAUACAGGAGACAAAAUUGAGUGAGGACAAACUGAGAGCCAUUGCGGGCUGGUGGGAUGGCCCACAGGUGUGGUCUCCGGCGCAGGAAUCGAGGGGCGGGGUAGGCAUCCUUCUACAUCGUUCGUUGCAGUCGCAGGUGGUAGACUCGGAGGCGGACCUGUGGGGUCGCUGGGCCUGGUUUAAGCUGCAGUCUGAUCUCACAGAAUGGGUGCUGAUGACGGUAUACGUGCCUGCCGACCCUAGCACCAGAGCUGCAUUCUUCAGGACGCUGCUGCCGGUCAUUCCUCACUCGGAGCAUUUAAUCAUGGUCGGGGACUGGAAUGUAUCGCUGGACGAGGCUUUGACAGAUGGGACUCGCACGGCGGGCAGGAGGGAUGCACUAGCUUUGAUGGAUCUCAUCCAGGACCUUGGACUAUCGGGCCCCUUCCGCUCAUUGAACCCGGCUGCCUCUGGCUACACUUGGUUCUCCAUUAUUAGUCGGGAGAGGGGGGAUGUGACCUGUGGGCGGCUGGAUUAUUUCCUGGUUACAGGGGGGUUGGCACAGGGCUUUACUGCGAUUGGCCCCAAACUGCACCCAAUGUCUGAUCAUCGGUCAGUGCUGGCGGAGAUGGUCCUCACAGAGGCUACUUCAAGCUGAAUUCCCUAAACCUUAAGGACCCCGGAAUUAAAUGUUGGGUAGAGGAGCAAAUGGUGUCGUGGGACGCAGCCCGACAGU